AUGCCACUGGUCACCUACAAGCCCUCGCCCGGCACCCACGCCGUCCUCCCAAUCACCCUUUGGACAACCUGCUCUCUGAUCCUAGCCCUCUGCUACCUCCAGACAAUCUACUUUAUAUCCUUCCUCGCCCGGCCAUGCUGGACCUCACCUCGGGAAUUCCCACCCUUCCAGCACUCAAUCGAGCAUGCCGAGCGACUCACCGUCGACAUAAUCCUCAGCAUCGUGCCCUUCGCGCGAUACCACUCUCCCCCCCACACCAGCCUCUUCUCCACCGAGAACCUUUUGCGCCCAGCAGCAGCAACAUACGCCGGCAGGACAAUCAACCAUGGCAUCACUGGACCCGUGACCCCUCCGUCUUUCACCCGGCCCUCCAUCCCAGGAUCCUCCCCAAUCACCGCACCAGAGCACGUCCAGCUCGUCGCCCGCACAGUGGAAGCCUCCACCAUCACCCCACAGCCUUCACGCUCAAAAACAAGCAUCACCGUCUACGAUGCCGGAAAACGGGUAACAGCACACUCGCCCACCCGUCCACCCCUGUCCGCUAUAGUGGACAUUAGGGCCCCGAGUCCUUCCCAGCAGGGUAUCAAUGCAUCCCGCCUUCUGGCGCCCAAGGAAGAAAACAGCGAACGCUCAGACCAGGAAGAUGACUUUCAAGAUGCGCAGCUGAGUAUACCGCGCGCGCUCCCCUCGGCAGCGGUGUACAAGAACGCGCGGCCGGGCUCUAAAUCGCCCGCAAUCUCGCUGCUAUCGCUGGAGGGACCGCGGGAUCUUGCGGCCGCGAAGCGGGCGCUUGAACCGAGGACAGCGGCAGCGGAGGGGGCUCGACAGGUACGUUCGAAGUUUGGGGGCAGGCAGAAGUGUCAUUCUACCGAGAGUUAUCCGGGGAAGUUUCCGGUGAGCGAGGGGAUGGAGUUUAGUGAGCUUGCGACGGCGGAGUAUGCGUUUCGGGAGAAGGGGACGACGACUGUGAGGCCUUUUUCGGAUUAUUAG